GUAACCAUGGUGAGGAUGUGAAAGAGUGCUACUAUUACCUUGAUUCUACACCUACUCACUCGUACAUGAAAGCACUGUACAAAUAUCCACAGAACCAAUACCCUUAUCAAUGGCUGGUGGAAGAAAACAAGAAUAGAUCAAAAGAGUCUCCUGAAUUUGAGCUUAUCGACACCGGGGUCUUCGACGAAAGUCGAUAUUGGGACAUUUUCGUCGAAUAUGCCAAGAGCACUCCAGAUGACAUCAUCAUCAACAUUACAGUAGCUAACCGCGGACCACAAGCAUCGCGCAUCCACGUGCUACCAUCUCUUUGGUACAGAAACACGUGGUCAUGGGGUUCACUGCAUGGAGAAUCCACGAGUAAACCAAAAAUAAAGCAAAUAGCGCCUGGAACUGUAGAAUGCCACCACAAUACGCUUGGGAAGUACAUUUUCGCGGCUGAUGUUGGACAGGAUGGACAUCCUCCGGAACUAUUGUUUACAGACAAUGAAACUAACUUUAAACGUUUAUACAAGGAAACCAAUACAAGUCAGUACGUUAAAGACGCUUUCCAUAAGUACCUCAUUGAUAAGGAUUCUCGUGCUGUGAACCCUCGACUAAAAGGUACCAAAGUGGCUCCUCAUUAUGUACUUGAUGUUCCUGCUGGUGAGACGCACGUUAUACGAUGUCGCCUUUCAGUACAACCCGACAGAGUMCCGACGCCAUUCGGGAAGGAUUCGUAUGAUGACGUACUUGCCAUGAGAAGGAUGGAAGCAGAUGAGUUUUACAGGACUGUUAUUCCAGAAUCACUAUCMRACGAGGAGAAACUGGUAUCUCGHCAGUCAUAUGCGGGCUUGCUGUGGAGUAAGCAAUUCUACUAUUACGUCACGGAAGACUGGCUAAAAGGAGACUCUUUAAUGCCACCACCACCUCAGUCAAGAAAAAAUGGMAGAAACUCAGAGUGGAAAUACUUGCACAAUAAAGAUAUUAUAAGCAUGCCUGACAAAUGGGAAUAUCCAUGGUAUGCAUCUUGGGAUUUAGCAUUCCACAUGCUUCCWUUUGCCAAAAUUGACCCAGAAUUUGCCAAAAGUCAACUCUUGCUAUUCUUAAAAGAAACAUACAUGGCUCCCAACGGACAAAUUCCCGCCUACGAGUUUGCGCUGAGUGAUGUCAAUCCACCCGUCCACGCACUCGCGUGUUUUCGCGUGUAYGAGAUGACAGCCAAGAGAGGGGAAAGGGAYCGUGUUUUCUUGUCAAAAUGCUUCCAAAAACUGCUUUUGAAUUUUACAUGGUGGGUGAAUAGAAAAGAUCCUGACGGCUGGAAUAUCUUUGGUGGCGGAUUUCUCGGACUUGAUAACAUUGGCGUGUUUGAUCGAUCCAAACCAUUACCUGGAGGAGGGAGACUAUGCCAGGCUGACGGGACAGCAUGGAUGGCCUUCUAUUGCAUUGUAAUGCUAAACAUCUCCCUCGAGUUGGCCCUYCAAGACCCAGCCUAUGAAGACAUGGCUUCCAAGUUCUUUGAACACUUCACGCACAUCGCCGGGGCCAUGAACAAGAUGUCGGACGGUUAUGGCUUGUGGGAUCCCGAGGACGGGUUUUACUACGAUCAUUUCCAAACGGGUCAUAAGACGUUUCCUCURCGCGUGCGCUCUAUCGUUGGCUUGGUUCCYUUGCUGGCWKGUUGGGUUCUUGAGGCUGAGUACCUGGAUAGACUACCUGGUUUCAGAAACAGAUUAAACGUGUUUGUGGAGAAAAAGAAGUCCUUGGCAUCUCAGAUAACGUACACMGAUCCGAUCACCGGUAACCAUUUUCUAUCCAUUCCCUCGGCUGAGCAGCUACACAGCCUUCUUUCUUACAUGCUGGACGAAGAAGAGUUUCUUUCUCCCUAUGGAAUCCGUUCAGUGUCUAAAUACCACAGUAAYCAUCCCUAUAACUUCGAGAUGGAAGGSAAGGCUUACAAGGUGGAUUACGUCCCKGGAGAGUCUACUACAUCAAUGUUUGGCGGAAAUAGUAACUGGAGAGGACCAGUAUGGUUUUGUGUCAACUAUCUCAUCGUAGAAGCGCUCAAACGUUACGAUUUGUUCUAUGGAGAAUCCUUUCAAGUCGAAUGCCCAACGGGUUCUGGAAACGUAAUGAGCUUGCGUGACGUUGCUCAGGAGAUUUCCCGCCGUUUGACGUCACUUUUCCUUCCUGACAACAAUGGUAGGCGACCAUGUCACGGAGAAGAAGAACAGUAUGCCAAUGAUCCUAACUGGAACCAGUUAGUCCUGUUUUACGAGUAUUUCCAUCCCGAUACGGGAAGAGGGUGUGGUGCAAGUCACCAAACAGGCUGGACUGCUCUUGUCUCUCCUCUAUUGGACAAGCUCUCCUCCAGUGGGCUUUGAACAGAAAACUUCAAAAAURAGCAAUACUUUCAACUCGACAGUAAAGUCAUAGCGACAACGAGACAAAGAGCUUCUGAACAAGGCAAUGGAAUCAGGAUUUACAAAAACAUUGUAAACAGCAAAGAAUAUUGGGAUUAAUUGGGAUUAAUAUGGCUUCAUUUGUACGGGAUUUAUUUAGAUAUAACUUAUUUCCUUUGUUUUUUUUAAUACUUUUUUUAAAAAAGAAAAAAAUAAUACAUCAAAGACAAAAAAUAUAAGAAGAGCAACAGAAAUCGGUUCUGUUCUCAGUAAGGAAUACAAGRCRUGACAAGACCAAUGACAAAAUCGCAUUSGCACCGAUUUUAAAAUCAAAAUUGUAGAUAGUAGAGUUUCUAUUUAUUUAAGAUGUGUCUCAUAACAGGAGAAUGUUGAUCAUAGUCAUUACCACAAGUUGAUAGGAGACCUUAAUUUGAUUGCACACCUUUGUUUAUACUGGAUUAUUGAUCACAAUUAGUGUUUCGUAUGGCUGCAGUGUAACGACUUUAACGGGGGGAGGGGAGGGGGGAAAUCAAGAUUUUCUUAGGAAAAAGAUUUUAUAAAUCAAGCGAAUUCCUUUCUUUGCUUUCUUUUUUGAAAGAUUGAAUUUAAGACGCGUUUUAYAUCACAAAUAGGAAAAGAUAAUUCAACGUAGAGCACUGCAGAAUGUAAAUUGAUGUCAAUWUAUCUUUUUUCAGGACCAUGGUCAACCAGCAUUCAAUGCGGUCUUUUCUUGAUUUUUCAUAUAUGGGAAAUGGUGACUUCAGAUAUCCAUUCCCAACCGCUUCCCAUUCGUCUGUAUUAAGAAUCAAAUCUUAUACUAUGGCCCCAUUCAUUCAGUAUUAAGGAAUAAUAGAGGUUUUUUGCUAAUAUUACGAUGUAUUUUUAUUUUCAAAAAAGCUCGAAAGGGAUGCCGGUUAGCCAUGUCCUUUUAAUUUAUGAUAUUUUGCAGUGUGGAACAAGUUACAUUCACGUUUAGCUAAAUAAGAAUAACAACAAUGUAAACUUUUUUCAAUGACUUUUUAUUAGUACUAUAGAAUUAUUAUAUUUUUCUCAAAUAAAUUAAAUUAUUUUUGUUA